AUGUCGCGCAACGCCGUGACGGACUCGUGCUUUCCUGUGGCGGACUCAGGCAAGGCCACGGUCGACUCCGACGAGGACAUGGAGGACUUGAACGAGGACAUGGAAGACUCAGACGAGGACAUGAUGGACGUAGACGAGGUCUCUAGGGACCCGGAUGAGGAAACGAAGGACGACAAACAGCUAAAACGGUGGAGAUCGAUUUGGCUCAUGACACCUAAUUCUGAAAAGCUCACAAUUCAUGGCAAAAACAGCAGGUUCUGCUACGCUGUCACCUCCAUGCAGGGUUGGAGAAGAACAAUGGAGGAUAAACAUGCUGUUCAAUUGCAUUUGGGAAAUAACAGCAGGGGCAGCGCGUUCUUCGCAGUGUUCGAUGGACACGGUGGAAAUGCCGUUGCCGAGUUUGCGAGGGCAUUCUUGCAUCAGACACUAUGCGAAGACGAAGAGUACGCUCGAAGAGCAUAUCCGAAAGCACUAAGGAAUGCCUUUCUAAAGGUAGACGCGAAAUUGAGCGGGGUCUAUGGAGAUAUGGCUGUGGGUAGCACUGCUAACGUUGCUCUGGUCACAGGGAAAGGCAGGAUAUACUUGGCUAAUGCCGGCGACUCACGAGCUGUACUCAGUAAUAAGGGGAAGGCCAAAACUCUGUCAACUGAUCACAAAACUUCCAUUCCUGUGGAGAAAGCUCGUGUUGAGGCUGCCGAUGGGUAUGUAUGGCGUGGACGUGUCAACAAUGACCUAGCUAUGACGCGAGCACUGGGUGAUUUUCGGUACAAGCAGAACAUGAAUCUCCCACCUGAAAAGCAGAUAGUCACGGCCGACCCGGAAGUGAUGGAACACGAGAUCACCGAAGAGGAUGAGUUCCUUAUCCUCGCCUGUGAUGGCAUCUGGGAUUGCCUGGAGUCACAGCAAGUCGUCGAUCUGGUAAGGCUGUUCGUGUCACAGGGCAAAAUGCUGUCGAAGGUCUGCGAGGACAUCUGUCAAUACUGCCUUGCACCUCACCCCAUAAUGGGCCGAGGAAGUGACAACAUGACGCUCAUGGUUGUAGCCCUGUUGCACGGCCGGACUCCGCGGGAGUGGUCCGAGUGGGUUACUGAGCGCACCGUUAGCCGCUAUGGAUACGAUACCCCGGAAAUGCCACCAGAAAUCUAUUCCCCUGCUGAAGUGGAGAGAAUGAGGCCCAUAUUCGAGCGCGUGUGGCACGAAAUACCAGCGUACGAGGCGAAGGUGCGUGCUUCGCAAUCGCAAACAGAAGACGAUGCCGCAAGUGUCUUGAAGAUUAGGAUUAAGAUCCCUGGCGUGAAUACCCUGGAGCCCAAAUCGAACGAUUUCAAAACCCGUGUUCAAGUCCAUACAAUCCUCUAA